UGACGGUGAUGGUGGACGGUGGUAGUGGUGGACGGUGGCGGUGGACGGUUGUGGUGGUGAAGAGAAGUAGAAAAAAAGGAGAAGAUGUUAGAAGACAUUGGUUAAUGUCUUCUCCAAGAAGAUGCCAGGAAGACCUUUUUGAGUGAAAUGUCUUCCAAAAAACAAACAAUCUGCAGAGUCCAUCAUCUGCGCGCGUCUGCGCGGCACAGACAAAAGACGCCAGAAGGUCUUCUGGCAGAAAAACAAACACCCCCUUAGAGUUUAGGGUGAUGCUUAAUGUGUUUGUUUUUUUUGCACCUUGGUUCCCAUGACAUUGGGAACCAAUGUCAUGGGAUGACUCGGGGGCGCUCCGGCAUGGAAAUGACCAAACCCCAAUCACACCACACUCCAAAUCUUGUGAUUACUCUUAUGGGGAAUGGGUCCGGGACGACGUUCUUUCCCGGGAAAAAUAUACCGAGAACUGCCCGUUCCUGGACCCCGGUUUCCGAUGUCAACGCAGCGGCCGCCGGGAUUCCGAGUAUCAAAAAUGGAGGUGGAAACCACAAGCUUGUCAUCUUCCUAGGUUUAACGCAAGCGAUCUAUUGAGUCGAAGUCGAAACGGGCGAAUAGUAUUCGUGGGGGACUCCAUUGUGAGAAACCAAUGGGAAUCAUUACUAUGCAUGCUGGCACAAGGAGUGGCAAACCAAUCAACCAUAUGCGAACAAUUCGGAAACUCAAUAUCCAAACACAAAGGCUAUCUCUCCAUGAGAUUCGACGAAUUCAACCUCACGGUCGAGUACUACAGGGUUCCUUUUCUAGUCCCCGUACGUCGACCCCCGAAAAAUGUAUCUGAGGAAGUGAAGGGUGUUCUAAAACUUGACGACCUCCAUUGGUACUUCAGCAAGCUAGUUGGGGCAGAUGUUCUCAUGUUUAGCGCGGGACAUUGGUGGAAUGAAGAAAAGACACACAAGAUGUAAGUGAUUAAGAACAAGAACCUUAAUCCAUAAAACCUGGUUGAUGUCCCACAUAAUGCACAAACAUUAGUGCUCUAGUGAAAUAAUAUGAAAAACAUGAAACAAGACCUCACAACAAUAUCGUGAUACUCUGUGAAUUCAACGUCGUGCAUGGAUAAUGCGUUGUUAUACACUGGAAAUACCAGGGGUGAAAACGCAACUUUUUUUGGAAACAUGAGACUUCUUCCACUGUAAAAAACAAGAACUUGGGUAGGACACAAGUGAGAGAGAAUACUUUAAAUUUUACGUAGUAACGAUUUCUGGAAUUGCAGGGGCAUUUAUUUCCAGGAAGGCGAAGAUGUACACAUGACUAUGAAUGCAACAGAGGCUUUCCGUAGAUCAUUGAACCCAUGGGCAUUUUGGGCAAUGAGCAAUUUGUCCUCAGAGACCCAUGUCAUCUUCCGCAGCUAUUCUCCAGUCCAUUACAGGCAAGACCACUGUAUAAAUAAGGAAAUCGUGU